GGCAUUUCCGGAUCCUCACCGUUAUGAGCCGAUCGAUUCUUCGACGCUGCGUCUACUGGAUCAACGCUUCGUCCGAGGAUGUCGUAUGCAGCCUGAGCUGCUUUCCUAUGGAUAAUCCACCGGAGUACUAUGCUUUGUCCUAUGUAUGGGGCAAGGAGAAGCCAACCGAUUCGAUCAUAUAACAUAUCAGUCUUCUUGGUACAGUCCAGAGGAAGCUUAGCACCAAACCGGUUGAUGAGGUAUACGGUCUACUUGGACUGCUGAGCAAACACUUGCAAAGCCGUAUUCACAUAGACUACUCCUCUACCAGCAAAUUGGAGUUCUGGAGAGCGUACGCGAACCUUACUAAGCUCAUUCUAGAGAGCGACGGAUUCCACAUACUAGCUCUUAUUCCCUCCAAAAACAUCCUGAACUUCCUUCGUAGUGCCCGGACUUCCGCUAUCGUGCAGAACACCCUUUUUCGCCAUAGAGAUUGAAUAGAGCUGGCCGCGUUAGACACAGUAGCCAUAUCGAGAGACCUCCACACGUGGUGGUCGUGCCAGAAUCUAGUCUUCUUAUC